AGAAGCAGCACAGUUAUCUGAAGACCCUUUCUGAUUUUGCAUGUACUGAGAGCUUUUAUCUUACAGGAAGUUCCAGUCAUCUUGGUAAUAAUGUUGUCCUUGCUACUCAUGUACAUACGGCUUCGUACUCGCUUGAAACGUAGAUAAACCUGAGUACUGUGACUGCCAGCAGGAUGGAGCAGGCAAUUGGACUCCAUUUAACCACCGAGCGGGUUGUGCCUGUGUGGCUCUUCUUGGACAGAGCAUCCUAAAGACCUUUGCGAAGGAACGAUAUUAAAGCAAAGUCCAGGAGAAUGAAGAGACGUAAGUGUCCCUACAAAUGUCCCACAAGAAAGAAGAUUCUGAUCCUGUGUUUUACAGGGUGGCUGCUUGCACUACUGAAGCUCCUCCAUGUUGAAAGACUCUUUUUUCCACAUAAGGGCAUUUAUUUGGUUGAGCACUUCCUAAGCACUUCUUCUUAUGUUAGAAACAGGUAUUCCUAUCUUAAAAAUGACUUCCAUUAUGAAAUUAAUUGCUCAUCUAUAUAUGACCAAGAUCCUGGUGAAAUUGGCAAGAGCUUAGAGAUAAGACAAAAAUACAUAAUUGAUUUAGAUGAUGAAGACAUUGUAGCAAUGACAAGUGACUGCCAUCUGUAUCGUACACUUAGGAAAUACCAUCUAAAGCCUGUUUCUGCAGAGGAAGAGAAUUUUCCAUUAGCCUAUUCUUUGGUUGUUCAUAAAGAUGCAGCAAUGGUAGAAAGGCUUAUACAUUCACUGUAUAGCCAUCAAAAUAUAUACUGCAUCCAUUAUGACCAAAAAGCAGCAAAAAGCUUCAAAUCUGCUUUGAACAAUCUAGCUAAAUGUUUCCCCAAUAUUUUCAUUGCAUCGAAGUUGGAAACGGUGGAGUAUGCACAUAUUUCAAGGCUGCAAGCAGAUUUCAAUUGUUUGUCUGAUUUGCUGGCCUCCUCGGUUCCCUGGAAGUAUGUUAUCAAUUUGUGUGGCCAAGAUUUCCCUCUGAGGUCCAAUUUCCAGUUGGUCGCUGAACUGAAAAAACUCAGUGGGGGAAAUAUGCUGGAAACUAUAAAGCCAAGCAGUAGCAAAAGAGAACGGUUUAUUUAUCACUAUGAGCUAAUGAAAGUGCCUUACGAAUACAUGCAGAUGCCUGUAAAAACCAACAUUUCCAAGAAUCCACCUCCCCAUGACAUUGAGGUUUUUGUAGGCAGUGCCUAUUUUGUUUUAAGUCGAGAAUUUAUUCAAUAUACCCUUGAGAGCUCUCUUGCAAAAGAUUUUUUUGAUUGGUCGAGGGACACUUACUCUCCAGAUGAACAUUUCUGGGCCACUCUUGCUCGUGUUCCUGGGGUCCCUGGGGAAAUCCCAAGGUCGGCAGAGGAUAUAACAGAUUUGCAAAGCAAAACUCGCUUGGUGAAAUGGAAUUACCUUGAAGAUCACUUGUAUCCCCCGUGCACAGGCACCCACCUUCGCAGCGUGUGCAUCUAUGGGGCUGCAGAAUUACGAUGGCUUAUGAAUUAUGGGCAUUGGUUUGCCAAUAAAUUUGACUCCAAAGUAGACCCUGUCUUAAUAAAAUGCUUGGCAGAAAAACUGGCAGAACAGCAGAAGGAAUGGGUUCGCUUGUCUUCUGAUAGCUAUUUUCUGCACAGAGGUUCUGUGAAUGUCUCACGAUAGCAGCCCUGUAAUAUCCCUACUACUGCCAGUACUGUGUACUGUUACAGCACAGGGCCCGAAGCUCCUCUGCCUUGACCUACAGCAAAAUGCUAGCAAAUUAAAUGCUCCUGCAUAAAGUUCUGGGCUCUGGAGAGUCAGAUACCUGGUCGUUUAUUUAUGAAAAAUCAUGCCUUCCUGAUUAACGGUUCUCUAACUUGCUACAAUAAUCAUGUAAUUGUUCUGCAAGAGGAUUUUUAAAGGAUAAAGUUUGAUUUUGGAGCCUCUAGCCCUGUCUGUCCUAAUGGAAUAUUUCAGAAACGUGUUUCACAUUGAGUUUGCUUGCAACUUUCCUAAGAAACUUCAACACGUCUCUUUGCGGCUGUCCUUUUUCUUCACUUUUGUUUUUCUGAAAUGUUUGAAACAAAGCCCUCUGUAUCUGCUGCCGCAGGAGAACUGGAAGAGCCCAGCUGCCAGAGAAAACUAAAAGAAGGAGGUAUGAGAGCAAGUGAGCUGCGUGGCCUGGCUUAGAGACCUCAAGUCCCAAACUUCCCGUUUGUGGGAAUUAACGAAGCUCUUUGCAAUGUCGAUGCGACUGGAUGAUACAAGGGAAGAAAAAUCCUUAGGUACCACACUACAAGCAGCAUUGUUCUCUCUUCCCAGCUCAUCUCUGC